UCCCAUCUUUCCUUUCGGCUCCUACACGCCGAGGAACAAGGUCGUGAGAAGGGGAGAUCUUGGUGGUGCUGCCAUUUCUACGGUCUUAGGGCUCUGCCCCUUUCGCAGAACUUCCAACAGCGCCAUGUUGGGACAGAGCGUCCGGAGGUUCACAACCUCUGUGGUCCGUAGGAGCCACUAUGAGGAAGGCCCAGGGAAGAAUUUGCCAUUUUCAGUGGAAAACAAGUGGCGAUUACUACUUAUGAUGACUCUGUACUUUGGAUCUGGAUUUGCUGCACCUUUUUUUAUAGUAAGACAUCAGCUGCUUAAGAAAUAAGGAUGUUUUAAUUACUCCAUCAAACAGAUGUGAAAAGGAACAUUUUAAGAGGUGCAGUCUCUUUGAAAAAUGGAUCAAACUCUUGUUUUCAACAUACUCAAUAUGUUUGUAAAUAAACUUAUGGCAUGCAUCCUUAAUGCCUCUUCUCUGAAACAUGGGAUGUAAUAGUUGUGCUUACUUUUUUAUUUGGGAAAUAUUCCAAGAUUAGUUUGUUUGGUCAAAUUAGUGUGUGAUUUAGCCUGUUUCUUGUUUUUAGAUUUUGAGGUUUUAUUUAAUUUUUGAUACUAGGUCAGGACCUUGUUGGUAAUUUAUGUUAUUAAAAAUGCAAACUUGA